ACAACAGGAAGACGUGUUUAAGAAGAAAUUGAAAGUGAAAGGUUGGCUUUCAAAGUAUAAGCAAAAAAGAAAGUUUAGACGUGGAGUUUCAUGUCAUUUCUUGUUCACUUGCGAGGAGUAAUUUAAGGAAAUAUCAAGAAAAAGGAUGGCAUCCAUCCCAUUCUAUGGCUGGGAAGCAUCCUAUGAUGAAGAUCGUCAUCUUCAGGCAGGCCAGGCACCCAAAUCAGGCAGACUCUAUACCAUGUAUCACGGCACCUCUUUGCAAAAAGCUCGUCUGAUCAUAACAAAAGGCUUCCAACAAUCAGCAGAUGGGAUGCUGGGACCUGGCGUUUAUGUGAGCCGUGACCAGAAGAAAGCAGAGCGCUAUCCUCUGAAAUCCCUAGCUACUGACAGAGUUGUGCUUAAAUUAAGCGUUGACUGUGGAAAAGUCAAAAGAAUUGAUAAGGACAACCAUCCUCUACAGAAGGCGUGGCAUAGUCAGGGCUAUGACACUGCCUGGGUACCGCCUAACUGUGGCAUGAAAGCUGUGCCUAGUGGUCUAGAGGAGGACUGCGUCUAUGACCCAAAGCGUAUCGAGGUCUCAGAUAUUGCUCUUGCACCCAACACGGCCAUCUUAAAUGAACUCAAACAGCUCAUUGCUCAAAACAAGAAAGGGCCAUCAAAUUCAAACACCUCAGGUACUUGUACAGUGUGCAAGUUGAAACAAGGGCCUGCUCAUAUUGUACAGCCAUGCUGGGGGUGUGGAGAGACUAUCUGCGCUCUCCUGACCAAACACAAGUGCAGUCAGUAGGGUUAAGAAACUUCUCAGGAAAUCAGGACAGAUGCAUCAUUCAGGACGCUCUUUAGGUUGUUGGACUGGUUUAUUGCAAUGCAUGAUGUUUGAGGUUGAAAUGAAAGCUACUUUAUCUGUGUAAGUGUGUAUAUAUAAGAUUGCUUACUUUCCUCAUAGUUCUCUGUCACACAGUUAUCUUUGACAAUUAUGCUCUGACAAAUUAUUUUUCCUGCUGAUAUGUGCCACCAUAUUUGAUGUUAUGUUUAAAAUGGAAAUGUAUAUGAGUGCAUGACUGUUUUCAAAGAUAUUUUUCCGAUCAAUCAUGUAUGUUUUAAACAUUCAGUAUUGCAGACAAUAAAAAGAGUCAAGUCAGUACUCAGUCUAUAUGAAUAGAAAUACUCCUGAUCUUAUUUCAUAUGCAGAAGUAAUGAGGAUUACAUUUGCUAAAAAUACAAAUCUGGCACCUGUAGGAAUGUUUGCUAUGGCUAGUUCCUUUUUAUAGGCAUACGGGUAGAUUUCAUAAUAGCAUAAUGUUAGCCUACUUUUUUUUUACCAUCAGUGACUAUUAAUUAUUAAGAUUUAGUCCUGUUCACACCAAGAACAAAAUUUGAUUUGAUUUCAUAAUAUAUUCCAGCAUUCAGUUUGGGAGAUGGAGUGACCAGAUUCUUGUCACCAAACUGUUUCGACUGCACAAAUAAUAUAGUUUAUAUU